AUGGCGAAGUUCUUCCCGAACGCGAGGCAGGAGGAGGAGUUCCUUCACUCCGUGGCCGUGGAGCUAAACAAGCUGGGCUUCCGCAAGGACAACGGCAUUGCGCUCGUGAACACGUGCCGUGACGAGGUGUGCCGGCCGAUCGUGAACCUGAUCGAUAAGGAGUUCGGGCUCUCGUUCAAUGUGUCGGGUCUCGGCGGGCUGGUGAACUGCGGCAAGACGGGGUUCAAGGCCGCCAUGAGCCACUCGCCCGAGUUCCUCUGCGACGUUGACGGCACCAUCAAGGAACGAUACAUUUUUUUCGCGUUCCCCCACGUGUCCGUCGGCGAGUCCGGCGAGGUGGGCUCUCUCCUGCGUCGCGGCCGCGGUAAAUCCUCCAGCGCUUGCGGUGCGCUGAUCGCGAUCAAGAACGACAUCAACGCGGGCAACGGCCCGUCCCCCGACGACGACGACGCGGAGUACCAACUGCUCAAGACCAAGGUCAUGGAGAAGGUGCAGCGCAAGAAGGAGGGCGAGCUGCUGUCGCUCGUGCAGGUCACCAAGGCCGCCAUGCAGGCUAUCAACGAGGAUCUCGAGAAGCUCAUCUCGCUCACCGUCGACCCUGCCACGGCUGACUAUGCCGUCGUCACCGGCGUUCAGAUCCACUCCGGAAACCAGAUCCCUGGCGAGCCCUUCCGCCUGGAGCGCACGUGCGACUACAUCGCGGCGGACAAGUUGUACGCUGUGGUGCGCGGCAAGCGGUACGACCUGCAGCUCGAUGCCACUGACGUUUCUUCCGUUGCCGAGCCUGUCUCAGCUUAG